AUGGGUACGGUUCCGAUCAAGAAGAAAAAAGGAGAUACUACCGUCAUGCCUUUCACUUUAAAGAGGGGUUCCGUAGAAGAAACCGUGGAGACUGUCUGUUCUCCUGAGGUGAUAGCUCAGCUGGGGAUCAUCACCGUAACCGCAUUGUAUGACCACAAUGGACACUUGGUUGAAAUAUUACUGUACAGAGUACCGCAAGUACCACGUCAGCUUAUACAGGCAAUUGCCGUGAUAGCUCCUGUCUACAGUCGACUGCUGAAAAUAUCAGUACGUAGCUGCAGCAUCGACGGGUACCUUCUGCACGACCUGAAUACCGUGCUGGAUGUGGUGCCGCUGACGGACUUAUGUCUCGACGACUGCUACCAGCCACGAGCGAACUUCGCGCUACUCUUAGAGAUCGCCACCAGCCUCAGGAACCUGUCUCUCGCGAGGUGCAAGCUAUCCGACGAAGGGUGUCGAAGUAUUACAGCGCAACUACACUUCGCCGCACCCGCAGAGACAAGUUUAUUGCUCCUCAAUCUAUCCGGAAACCACAUUACUGACGUAGGAGCGAAACACAUAGCUGAAAUGUUACGAACUAACAGAACUUUACGUUAUUUAAACCUUGCGAGCAAUAGCAUUACUGAUGACGGUAUGGCUUGCAUCUUCGACGUAUUAAAAGAUUUUGCUUUAACGUAUGACGAGAUAACAAACAAAAGAGGGCGUUUAAUUGAUUAUUUGAGAAGGAGGAAACGCAUUAUGGCUAAAUAUUUAGCCGAAAGCGAAACCUGGAGGCAUACGUUCCAAGAUGUUAUUAAUUACAGUAACCGGAAAUCUAGUGGUUUGAGGAAAAGUUCGUCUAUAGCAAAACAGGUGAGUUUGUCUGAAGUAGCGAUAAAGAAACAGAAAGAUGAAAUGGUUGCUCAAUAUAUUAAGGCUAAGGUAACGUCGUUAACGGAUCAAGCGAUGGGCCAGUUCCGCGAUCCCUUCAUUCGUAACAACUUGACCACUAACAACGGCUGGCCACAUUGUAUAGGCAAUAUGACACUUUGUUACUUAAACUUAUCCUAUAAUUACAUUACCUACUUAAGCGUAAAAAAUCUGGCAAAGGUAUUGGUUUAUCAGAGUACUUUAAAGAGCGUGAACGAUGGAUUGUUAAAAGUUAACAUUGAAGGGAACAAUUUACCUAGUACGUGUGAAGAGUAUGCUAUAAUUAAUGAUCAGUUGGGUAGUAAGUGCGCUUUCUUGUCACACAGAACCUCCAAAGCCUCCAAGAAGGGUCAUGCUAAGAUAGGGAGCACGUCAGUUGUGAUAGUAUAA